GUUUACACUGAUUCUGUGUGUUGAUGUGGGUUCAUUGUUGAAGUUGUAAAAUAAUUUCAGUCUGUCCGAUACUAAAUUCGAAUUUAUCUUGUAUGAUAUCGGUGGUUUGCAAAUGUGAGUAAUUUUCUCUGUUCAUCGCUCCUCGCUUGAUCAAGAUACAUAAAAAUGACAAUAAUUAUAAUUUAUUCACCCCGAAUACUUAUAAAACAUUAAUGGAAUUCGAUACAUUACCAAGAACCAAUAUAAAGAAAUUAAUUAUUUUUAUUGGUACUUGGUACAACUUCCGUAACAAAAUAGUAAUCGGAGCUAACUGAAAGAAUAAUCACAGCGGACCUGAGUUACCAGAACGCGGUGAGGACACGAAUAUCCCGGUGUAUAUCAUGAAUAUAUCAUGAUCAUUACUCCACGAAGAAUCUGCUAAUCAACAGAUAAGCAGGAGAAAAAAAUGAAACCCCAAAAUAUACUCUGAAGGAAAAUGCAGAAAAGGGAUAUGAUGAUGCAGUCAAGUUACUCAUUGUAGACAGACGAACAGCGCAGAGUGCGAGUGGUCAAAAACGUCUCUACAAACUUUUAAUGGAAGGCAGUUCAAGUCACACCAAAGAAAAACAAUAGUGUACAGACAUUCAGUCAUAAAAGUGAGGAAACGAAAAUAAAGUAACAGUAUUUAAGUGAGCUGCGACAAUGUACUAAGGCAAUCGGCGAUCACUGGCUUUCGAAAGGAAGAAAGAGAGAAAAUUAUGAAAGGAAUCGCUUCGAGUAUAAUCUACCUCACCAUUCUGGUCACCACAACUGGAGGCUUCGCGCCCAACAUCCUAAACGCCCACAGCACCACCACAGAAGCGCCCACGCCCACCACAGAGGACGUAACUCAGCUGCCCACUUUCCUGGGCCGCCACAACGCCACAGUGACGGUGCACGCGGGCGACACAGCGUCCCUGGACUGCCACGUCCUCAGGGUCGGCGCCAAGACGGUAUUCGCUGAACUUCGAGCAACCGAAUAACUGGAAGCUGCAGAUCCGUUACGUCCAGAAGAGAGACGAGGGCCUCUACGAGUGCCAGGUGUCCACGCAUCCGCCCAAGAUAAAAAGGGUGUUUCUCAGCGUCACCGUGCCCAAGAUCGAGAUCCGCGACCCCCGCGGCAUGGUGGUCAACUAUGCCUACUACCGGGUCGAUUCCACGGUAGGUCUACAGUGCGUCGUGGUGCCGGCCGCCCCCACGCGCUCUGUGUGGUGGAAGAAGGAUGGCUACGUCAUCACCACGCAGCCGCAGAGAGGCAUUCGUGUCGACUCGUCUAUGGUCGCCGGAGGACUCACGACGUGGCUGCACAUCGCUCGAGCGGCCGCAGAGGAUUCCGGGAACUACACAUGCGCCGCAGGAGAGACCAUCACCGCCCACGUCAGAGUUCAUGUUCUGGAUGGCGAGAGCUCGGCCGCCAUGCAGCACUCCACCACCACCGACGGCGCCUCGUCGUACUCCGCUCGCCUCACGGCCUCACUCGUCCUCGUCCUACUUUUCCUCAUUCUUGCUUCCACUUAAUGGGGAGGAGAGAGAGGGUCGACACACAAGAAGGAAUCGGAGUGCUAAUGGCUCGUCUCCUGGGACGACACGACAUGCCUUCUCAGGAUGGGUUCGUGAGACUCGCGAGCAGUCGCUGGAUAUCGAGAAGCCAUCCAUCCAGUUCCGGUUGUGUGAUUUUAUUACGUGUUGAGCAGCAAUGAAAUACAAAGAAUUUUAUAUGUCCAUGUUCCAUCAGUGUAUUAUUGUUAUUUUCCUUGAUUUGCUAUUUAUUUGGUUACUUUCCAUUGUUCAUGAUCAUUUGAAAUAAAAAAAUAUAAAUGUUUCA